ACAACAAAUGCCUUGUUGGCAUUUCGGAAAUUUCUGUAAUUAUAUAGUUCUUCUUUGUUUUUCUUUACAACUCUUAUAAGUUUGUAUUCAUAACUUCCUCCUCUUGCAGUAGUAACACGUUUUUUAACCAGUUCGGGUAUUUUUCUAAGAUAAAAAAAUGCCUCAAGUGUCUGGAUUUGAUUAUGUAAAGAGUUGGGCUGGUUUACUGAAAAUUGCUGAGUUUUUCACUCUCUUGAUCGCAUUCUCGUGUUUGGCGGAUUUUAGCAACAAGUCGGAAAACAAUGGUUCAUUUAAGUUUUUUCUUUUUGUCACAAUAACAGCAUGGUUGAUCACCAUGUUUUUGUUUUGCAUAUUUGCAUCUGGUGUUCAAGACAGAGUAUCAAUUAACUGGACCUUUGCAAUGACCAUAUAUUCUGCCACUGUGGUGUUUCUGCUGGUAAUAUCAACCUCGCUUGUAGCGGAAAAAGCUCGAAAGUUUCGCCGCAGUGUAAGAAAAGUUGAUAGUAUAUUUGUGGAUACCUGCGAUGUAUAUGACAAGAAAGGUGUCCCUUGUAGGAAUGUUGAAGCUGCAGUGGUAUUUGGUUUCUUAGCAGCUGCUCUAUUUAUUACCGAUGCAGCAUUCUAUUUUAUGGAGCAUCGCACCACUACAGCAGGGUCUGGUGAUGACCAGGCUGGAUAACGCAACAAGACGAGACAGGAAUACAGCAAGACCAAAGUAGAGGAGAUGUUGAAGAAAUACCUUAGAACUAUAGACAGAAAAAUAGUUUAUGAACAUCCAUCUACAGAUAGACAAACUCUAGAUGUAGACAAACUCUAUCAACAAUAAAAUGUUCAUUUGAAACGUGCGCCUACAAUUGACCGUUUCAGCUUGCAUGCAAAUGAUCACAUGUAAACUUUUCAGCUUACAUGUUGUGACCAUCAAAUAGCCAAUAAAACUUUACCAUUUCAGACCAUGUGAUUUGAAGCUGAAAAGGUCUAUUGAUAGAUAUUGCAGUUUGCAGGAAAUCUAUAAAACUUUUUAGUAGUAAAUACCUCUAUUUCGGAUAAGAAGGGAUGAGACUUUUUUUGCCCCUCAAUAACGCGAAACGUCGACAAAUUAAAAACCGUGUAUUCUUCUAUCAUCAAGAAAUAUACUUUA